AUGGUCCACAAAUGUUGUGUUAAAGCAUGUAAAUCUAUUCACAGUGCGUAUGAAGAUAUCUCUUUCUUUAGAUUUCCGUUAAAAAAUAAGGAAUUACUGGCUCAAUGGAUGGACGUCAUGCCUGCUAAUCAACAAAUUUCAAAAUGUUCCAAAAUUUGUAGCAAACACUUCAAUCGAUCAUCAUAUCAAGAAAUGUCUGGUAGACGUUAUUUGAAGAACAAUGCCAUUCCUUCAAUUUUCAAGUAUGAUAUUCAGAAAAAUAUUGCUCAUCACUUGAAUCAAAUCCUAACAUGUACUACAACUUUGGCAUUGGAAGAAAUUUCAAUUGAAACACCUAUAUCAUCAGUUCGUAAUACGCUGAAACGUCCACAUUCGCCAUCUCGUUCUCCAUCACCCAGUGCAGAAAUAAAAAAAAGAAAGGAAGUUGCUACUCAAAUUUCUCCUCGGCGUUUACGUCCAACAAUGAAAGAAGAAAGUCAGGCACAAGAAAUUAAAAGGCUUAAAACUAAACUUCGAUAUAAGCAAGCAAGAUUAUCGACUGUGACCAUAUUAUUAAAGCAACUGCAGAAAAAAGAUCACAAACACAGAGUACAACCUCAGCAUGUUCAAGUACAUCAUCAGAUUUAUGCAAAUAUAAUUUUUCACGAAAAAUAAUUGUAAUUUGA